UCUCAAACUUUUGUAAUGGCAAGUAUUGUUGUGCUGUGCUUCUCACGCUAAGAUUCUACUGGUUAAAUUCAAAUUUAGGUAACUACAUAUCAAAUCCCAUGUGGUGAAGAAAUUCAUGUUGGAUAGGUAAAUGGUUAGAUUUCGGAAGAAACAAUAUGUACUUGUAGUAGAUGACCUUUGGUUAGUCAAGGUAUUAUGCUUCAACAAAUAUUUCGGAUAUAUUAAAAAGAAAAGCAGUACAUCAAAUUUGUUACAGAUAUAAUAGUCCAUGCAGCAGUGUCCAGCAAUAUUAUAUAUUAGUCCAUGUACAUGACUACACAGUCUAGUCAAAUAAAAGUUUCUGGACAAGGGUGACUUGAUAUUUGAAGAGAUAAGAACUCCAUGGUAACCAUAUUAGAAGACAGUCUGUGGGUUUAGUAGUGAAAAAGCUCAGGGUAAGUGUAAGAUCAUGGGGAUAGAGAAACUAGAGAGCUCAACAAACUUGCUUCUCCUUAGUCUUUACUAUGUGACGUAAACUUGCUACUCCCAUCAGUUCUAACUAUAUCAUAUAACCUUGCUACUUCAAUCCUAACUAUGUCACGUACUUCAGCAUUGGAUUCUCCGAUCAGUUUUUGGUUCUUCAUGAAAAUGUUUCAGUUAUCUUUGCAUAUGGAGAAUAUAUGUAAUUUGAAAGAUGUUAAAAGCAGUAUAUUUGAAGGCGAGUAUAAGGUGCUCCUUGGGGCGUCCUGGUGAAAGGUGCAGUAACUUGCCUCAAGGUGUGCGUGUGAAGGGUGCACACUAUGGGGUUGGUAGGACGCCUGGAUUUCCUGCAUUCCUGGCAGCAGGUUAUGCCCCCAACGGUGAAGGGAAAUUAUAUGGCAUCAUAUCAGCUUGGAUUUGCACUCUGCAUCACUUUGGUUCUUGCCACACUUCAGUUAUCGUCUUGCUAUGUCUUGAAGGGUUCUGUUACUUGCCUAGACUGCAGUCAACAUAACGAUCUCUCAGGAAUAAAAGUUUUAGUGAAGUGUAGUCAGGUGAAAAGAUUGACUAUGGCUACAACAGAAGAAGAUGGCUCUUUUGAAACAAAACUUCCUUCUACUCCACCAAACAAAUGCUAUGCCAAGAUCCUUGGAGGUCCUAAUCAGCUCUUUGUUUCAAGAAUUGAAAUAGACCCCAAUAUUGUCAAGUCUCAAGAAGAUGAUAACUCCUACACUAUCUCUAACCCUUUAAAGUUCUACACAAAAUGCCCUUCAUCCAACAAGAAUGCUAAUGGAAAAUGUCAUGAUGAGUUUGGUUCAUCUAAGACUAUUGAUCUACCAGUGCCAAAAGAAUGGGGAAUUGCACCAACUAGCUACUAUGUCCCUGUGCUCCCCAUCAUUGGGAUACCUUAAGUAUGUAUGUAUAUAGUAUUUUAGUGUGUUCUAGCUAUUCUUCUCAUAAUAUUAGAGAAAAUGGCUAGACUAUUUAUUAGUUUACGAAAGUACCCUCGUAUUUGUCUAUUUAUGUCAUGAUUGAUUAUGUUGUUGGGAAGAAAGGUCUUAGAUAUAUCUUUAUGAGAUCGAUGUUAUUAUAUAUGAUAUUAAAUAUAUAAACAUAUGUCUAUUUAUGUUAAUAUAGGUUUGGCUGUAGAGUAUUGUGUAAUUAAUGAUCAUGUUUAGUACUAUCUUAGCAAAAAGUGGUUGUAUAUGUGUAAGUGUCGCAACUUAAUUAAUGUUUGAUAUUAUUGUUGCUAA